GAAGGAUCCUGUGGGCGGUCUGAGAGGGACGCGCGUCCCCGCCCUCUGCCCACUUCCGUCAGCUUCACUGACUGCGGCUCCGCUCCUCCCGGGGCAAGGGGGCGGGAAGCGCUGAGGCGGGCCGGCUCAGCAUGGCGGCGGCGGCGGGCGAGGCGCGCAGGGUGCUGGUGUACGGCGGCGGCGGGGCGCUGGGCUCCACCUGCGUGGGCUACUUCCGAGACAGGGGCUGGUGGGUGGCCAGCAUCGACCUGUCGGAGAACGCGGCGGCCAGCGCCAACGUGGUGGUGAAGAGCAGCGAGUCCUUCCCGGAGCAGGCGGAGCAGGUGACAGGAGAUGUUGGAAAACUCCUGGGUGAAGAAAAGGUGGAUGCCAUCUUGUGCGUGGCUGGAGGAUGGGCAGGUGGGAGUGCAAAAGCAAAAGCUUUAUACAAAAAUUGUGACCUGAUGUGGAAGCAGAGUGUUUGGACAUCAACUAUAUCCAGUCACUUAGCUACAAAACAUUUGAAAGAAGGAGGUUUGUUGACUCUGACGGGAGCCAAAGCUGCUUUAGCUGGAACCCCAGGGAUGAUUGGAUACGGCAUGGCAAAGGGAGCAGUGCACCAGCUUUGUCAGAGUUUAGCUGGCACAAAUAAUGGUUUGCCAUCUGGUUCUGCUGCAGUUGCUGUUCUACCGGUUACCUUGGAUACACCAGUGAACAGGAAAUCAAUGCCUGAUGCAGAUACCAGCUCCUGGACACCAUUAGAGUUCAUUGCAGAGACUUUUUAUGACUGGAUCACAGGAAAGAACAGACCCAACUCGGGCAGUUUAAUUCAAGUGAUAACCACAGGAGGGAAGACUGAACUAGUAGCAGCACAUCUUUGAGGUCAAUCAGUGGAAUUGUUUCUGAAAAUGUAGCAACAAAACUAUUGAAAACUAAUGUCUUAGUUAAGUUUAGGUUGUGUAUUGUAUCCAAUGAUUACAUCUGUGGAGCAAGAUAUUGAGUAACACUUCUCGUUAGAUGCGAGUCAGCGGCAUUUAUAUAUCAAAAAGUAUUGAAUUAAAGGCUGCAAAUAUGUUAAUCCUGAAUUUUAAUUACGUAUAUCAAGGCUGUCCAACUUCUAGACUGUGGGGGACCACAUGCUGUGUGCAGCCUGGCCUUUCCUUGCCACAUGCACAGCAUGAACAGUGAAGACUCACUCUUGGUGGUACAGGGGGCUCCUUUUGUGGUGUGACAGCACAAAUGUCCCCCUACUGCAUGUGCUAAAACCCUCUCAUUGCCCAGCCCCACCAGGCCCUGCCUGCAGGAGGGAGGGGGAGCCUGACCACUCUGGCCACUAAAGCUGUCAGAAUGGUGGCAGCAGCAGCUGCCAUGUGGGAGCCAGGGACCAUAUGUGGCCUCUGGGCCACCAGGUGGACAGCCCUGGUGUACGUGUUUUAAAUUGUAGUGGUGGUUAUAUCCAAAAUUGUGCUUAAUUUUGUGCUGUAUCCACGUAUGUAAGUGAAAGUUUCUGUCUGUCUCUGUAUCUUUCUGGCAACUCUUUUUUGAAUAUUUCUGGAAUAUUUGUUCUUUUUGCUUAUCUGGGAAUAUCAGUUCAGUGCUCUUUUUUGUGGGUUGUAAUAGACACCAUCACCACUGUAUAUAAAGGCCCAAUCAUGUUACCUUUUCUUAUGCGAGUAUUCUUUACUGAUUUAAGGCUGCAUAAGGGCUACUUGCAUGAGAAGGGAUUGCAAGAUAGAGCCCUUAAUUUGCCUUAAAAUGUCUAAACUUCGCUAGUCCAGCAGUUAUUGUGAUGUAAAAGCAGACAGUCAUCCUGUCUUGGAGUGUGGUAUUAUGUGUUUUGUAUAACUAAUGAUGGUUCUUUACUACCUAAGCAAGCAAAGUAUCCAGGAACAAAAAAAAAGGAAAAGAAAUUCAGAAUCUACUAUUAAA